ACCCACAGUCUCAUGAGACGUUAUCUUUUUAGACCAAUAAUCCAACAACAUUUACACCACAUGGCUUUUAUUCGCAGUUUCUGGACCAUUUCGCGCUGGUUAGGACGGACCGUUAUAUGUGAACCCGCCCUAACUUCCCGCUAGACUAGACUAACUCCUGCUAACUCUCUAUUAAUCGCAGGUACGCUAGCUCACGCAAAUCAGUCACAGGUGCGUUUAAUCUUUAGCUAACAUCUCUGAGCACAACAACACUCGUAACGUAAAGGUAGCGCUUAACCCGGUCGGUUACAGUGCUAAUUACCAACUGUUAGCAUGCUAACACGCUAAAUUAAGAUGGUAAACUUGUUGUCUUUUGCAUGCUAGCAAGUAGGCGUUAGCAUUUAGCUCAAAGAAGAAGGCCUGCUAGCUGUAAACUCUUGUUGAAGUAGUUUGGUGUCUUUUUGAACGGUUUAAGUUGACGUGACCUGUUUUUAUUGAUAAUUAUUUGCUUACUGAUGACAUUUCAGCUUUUUUAAAGGAGGGAAACUGCUGACAGCUAAGCUUGUUUUUUUUUUUGUUUUUUUGCCAAGGGCGGGGCCGGUAGAGCUUAUCUCGGCCGCGCACACACACACACACACACACACACAGUUAACACACACACAUUUAACACACACACACACACACAUUUAACACACACACAGUUAGUUAAUUUGAUAUUAAAGACUUGUGUGUGUGUGUGUGUGUGUGUGCGUGUCCUAGCAGGUGUACGAGAGAAAGCGCCUUCCCUUCCACCUGAGUGAUCACGCAUGCGCAGGCUGCUCUCUCUCUCUCUCUCUCUCUCUCUCGCUCUCUAACAGGCACGCGCACGCGCCCACAGCCGGUGUCUAUCGGUUGCUCAGCGCGCGCUGCCUGUGGAUGCGAACCGGAGUCAAACGGAACCUUGUCUUAAAUCUUGUUUUGCUGUAAACGUGGACUUUUUCACACGGAGGUUCUGCGCAGGAGCGUCCGCGCCGCUGAAGCCGUUCAUUCCGCUCUCUCAUCUUCUGACCUUUGACCCUUCAUUGACCUCCGAUGUUCCUAAAGCAUCUUCAUCAUCAUCAUCACCGCACCUCUUGCCAUGGUCACCCAUCAGCUCGGUAGCCGACCUGUCCGCCACCAAACCCUCCGCCUCCUCUCUCUGCUCCCGUCCGAUCGGCCACGGGGAUGCAUGUGAUGGGCAGCGUCUCCCCGGCCAAUGAGAGGGAGCGUUUCUCCCUCCAGAGUGAGGGCGUGGCCAUCGCCUUGCCGACGUAUCCUCCUCCUCCUCCAUCGGCAUUUUCUGAUAUCGAGGGCAACCGGACGAAAUCGUCUCCCCCUCCUCCGCCUCCUCCUCUACCUCCUCCCCCUCCUCCUCCCCUGCCGCCCCUGUUUCCGGGGGGAGACCCUGUAGGAGGCCUGAAGAAGAAGAAGAGGAGGGUGAGGAGUUUCUUUUGGAAAACGAUACCAGAGGAUCAGGUGAAGGGGCGGGCCAACCUGUGGACUCAGGGUCGAGUGCAGCAGCAGUACCAGAUCGACGUCCAAACCAUCGAGGAGCUGUUUGGUCAGAACGACCGUCAAUCAAACCCCAAGGCCACGCCCACCAGGGGAGGGAAGACCGGCAGCUCGUUCAGAGAGGCCAAAGAGGAGGUCUCCAUUCUAGACUCUAAGCGAGGGAUGAACAUCGGGAUUAUCCUCAAACAGUUCAAGAGGUCGAAUCAGACGAUAGUGGACGAUAUUCACCAUGGCAACAGUGAGCCUUAUGGGGCGGAGCCUCUGAGAGAGCUGCUGAAGCUGCUGCCAGAGACCGAGGAGGUGAAGAAGCUGAAGGCGUACCGAGGCGACGUCUCUAAGCUCUCAUUGGCCGAUUCCUUUGUGUACCUGCUGAUUCAGCUCCCCAGUUACUCAGUCCGUAUUGAGUACAUGCUGUUGAAUGAGGAGUUUCCCGGGGUGUGCGAGGCCAUGAAACGAGACAUCAAGAUCCUUCGCUCCGCCGCCAAAGAGUUAAUGUGUUGUGAGGAGCUCCAUGCUGUUCUCCACCUGGUGCUGCAGGCUGGAAACAUCCUCAAUGCUGGAGGUUAUGCAGGAAAUGCAGUGGGUUUCAAGCUGUCGUCCCUCCUGUCUCUGGCCGACACCAAGGCCAACAAACCGGGCAUGAACCUGCUGCACUUUGUCGCUCUGGAAGCCCAGAAAAAAGACAAGAAGCUGUUGGAGUUUCCACUGAAGUUGAGUCACGUCCAGCCUGCAGCCAGGAUCUCCUUGGUAACGCUGGAUGCUGAACUGCAGUGGCUGACGUCUCGCACGCGCUCGGUAGAGGAAAACAUCCAGAGAGACACAGAGCUGCUGCAGCAACUCGACAGUUUCCUGCAGUCGGCCACCUCGUCUCUGUGCUCGCUGCGCGGCAGUCUGCAGCAGCUGAAGAAGGAAGGCAGCGAACUGAUCGACUUCUUCUGUGAAGACAGAGAAACGUUCAGACUGGAUGACUGCUUCAGCAUCUUCCACACCUUCUGCUCAAGGUUCACUGAUGCUGUCAAGGAGAACAUGGAGAGGGAGGCUAGGGAGGCAGCCCGUUGCCGACGUUUACAGGAGCUGGAGGAGCAGAAGAGGCACUCGUGGGCCGGCGGUGAGGAGGUGGGCGGAGCAUUCAGGUCGCGCUGCAGCAGCGAGACGGACAUGUCGGCUGCCGUGUCUGGACCCGACGGGGCCGGGCUGCUGACGGUGCUUCUGAGCCCUAAGUCUCGCCCCCGCUCACCCCUAAACAACUCCCUCAAUCCUCUGGGACGCUCGGGCAGCUUACGACGCUCCAGAAAUCCAUCCAGCUCGCCGUUUAUUGCUGCUGAGCGCGAACUGAGCACGCUCCUGGGGAUGGCGACCCCUGACCUCAAAGUCGUCCAGCAGAGAGGCGAGGGAGAGGCAAGGACAGCUUUUCCAUCAGCCUCACCCGAACUUAGAAUUCCAGGACUCUCCCCUCAGACUUGUCCAAUGGUCACAACAUGCAGCUUCCCCCAAAACCAGCAGCCACAAGUGGACCAGAUGGCACCGCAAACCCCCUCCUCACCGCCCAAGACCUCUUUGAGUGCACUAAACACAAACCAUACAACCGCCACUUACCUCAGCUAUGAUGCAACCCAGACUCGAGUAAACACCACCAAUCCCACAAAUAAAGUUACAUUCAAACCUACCUCUGAUCCGAACCAGCAAUCCGACCACAACAACAAUGGCAAAGAUCGACUCGGCCUGGGUUUUAACAGCCAGGGAAUGCUUUCAGACCACCAGACUCAGUCUGGUUUGAGGGGGGAACUAGCUAGAAUGAACAAAGCUGAUCGGGAUUUAAGUGGACGGUUCGCCUGCAGUGAUGAGAAGUUCGAACGCAGCACUGGUACUACGGGCAACAUGUCUGUGGUUUUAGAGAAAUGUACACUGGUGCCUGAGCUGAAAGUGUUCGAUAAGGUCACCGCCCUGACCAGCCGCAACGAAGGGCUUCACACCAGUUGCCUCCAUGGAUAUCACCAGGACGAUAUGGUAAUCACAGAUUUGGAAGAAGAAGUGGGAGUGGACAAAUCUCAAGUCCAGAAGGUGCAGAAUGACUCCCAGAUUGGGAAUUCAGAAAAAUCUGAUGUGCAAACUUCUGAGACAAGCUCAUCCUCGUCACGCAGAGAGGAAGAGGAGGGACGAGAGGAAAAGGUGGUUGUAUGGUGUGUGACAGGUGUGUGUGAGGCAGCCGGCGAGCUCACGCACGCUGACAACACACAUGCACAAACUGAGAAAGAUCAGUGUAGGAGUGACAAUCAGGGAGGAAGCCAGCAAGCUUCCUCUGCCCCAGCCAAUCGCAUGCCUUCAGAACCUCAGCCGGCCAAUGAGAAGCUAGUGCCUGUACCUAUCAGCAGCCAACCGGUGCCUGUCUCCCGCUGUGACGACCCGUCACUUCCUGUCUCUUCCCCCAUGUGGCGCCCAGCAGACCCUGCAUCAGCCAAUGAAGCGCCUGCUCUCACCACAGAUGCCUCUGAGGAACUAAAAAAAGCCAAUCAAGGGGAAGAAGCAGAGGGCUUCACCAAUGAGUCGAAGAGAAAUGUGGAGACUGUCCCAGAACAAUCUACAGGUGACAGGAGCAGAAACAAGACUGCUUCCUGUCACACAGCCAAUGAAAAUACAGAAGCAGCUUUUUCCACUAAUGGAAAGAUAGAACCGGCAACUUUGUCCAAACCGUCCACCAAGAUCCUCCCUACCUCUAAAACACGACCCGCUGGGAUGAAACCCGCAACCCCAAACUCCGCCUCUGCCGCCAACAAGUGCAAGCCUGUCCGCACCCUGACUAACUCCGAGAACCAGGGCAUGAGGCGGGUUGUGCCUAUCUCCAGGACCAGCCGAGGUUCUCCGUCUCUGGGCAAACGUCCUGAGAAGCCUCCUGGAAACCACCGGGGUACCUCCAGCACUGCAGCUCCUGCAGGUUUGACCAUCUCCAACCUCAACAGCACCCCCCUCCGACGAGGAGGAGAGAGGCCCUCGACUGCUCCUUCAUCCCGACGCUCCAGCAUCCACAAGACGCCGGACCCCAAGGAUUCGAAAGACCAGAAGGUUUCAGGUACUCAGGCAUCUGCCCGAGAGCAGAACCAGGACUUGCAAAGGAAGCCGUCCAUCCGAAAGCCCUUGCCGAAACCCAAACCCCAGCCGGAGGAGAAAAUGUGUCGCUCCACGCUGCGGGCGCUCACUCAGGCUGGAGGAGGAGGCAGUGUCAGUGCCCCUGCCACUCCUUUUCACAAAGCCACCACCCCUUCAUCGUCACCGCUUCCAGGUUUCGCUCGAAGCACUGCCUCUUCUUCUUUCAGACGAACCCACACCACCCUUGCUGCUCCUGCUCCUCCCCAUUCACCCCACACAGGCUCAGACUGCUCCCCUAAGUCCUCCCGCAAGAUCACCUCCUCCUCCGCCUCCCCAACCAGCAUCUCCUCGGCUUUCACCCUAACAGGAGUCUCCGCCCCCUCCAGAUCUUCAGAUCCUCUCAACCCGUCCUCCUGCUCCCCGCUGAAGAGGUCUCAGAGCAUCAGGGCACCUCCUCGCUCACCGCUCCAUGACUCGCUGGUUUCCCCUAAAGGCCACAGGCGGAAUGACAGCGGCACCUUCUCCGACAAGUCAACUAACUCUAGGGACUCGGGCAAGUCCGCUAGGCCGAGCUGGAGAUAACAGGAGAAAUCUGAGGCUGCAUUCCAACGUGAAGUCCGAGCAGUGUCUCC